GUAUGUGCUUAUUUAUAGCCAUUCCUUCUUUCCAAAUUACAAAGACCAAAAUGCACGAAUUCCACCAUAUGAGUUGUUUCGUUUUGAUUGGGAUUUAACAUUUAAGUCUACAGGGGAUUGUCUAUAUCAUAAAUAGACUUUGAAGGAUGCAAGUGGUAGAACAUAUAGACUUUAAUGCAGUGGGGGUAUUAUAGUAAUAAACUAAUGGACCAAUUAUACUUUAACAAGAGCUAUAUCUUCUUCUGUAUACAAUUUUCUACAUUCUAUUUUCUACUCUUUGUAUGCUUCCAUAUAAUGAUUUAUGAAUAUUGAGGUUUAAGUACAACAAUUUCUGCCAAAUACUAGUAGUAACCUUGAGAAAUGAGUGUAAGAAUUGGGGUAUUGUUUGUGCUACUAUUCAUAUUCAUACAUGUAUUGCUUACAUCAGCCCAGAAUCGUGAUAUUGUAUAUCUACAAGCUCUCAUGGAUAACUUGCAUAACACUCCACCAAAUUGGGUUGGAUCCGACCCAUGUGUGGAAAAAUGGGAUGGGAUCUCCUGCAUCGAGUCACGUGUAACAUCAAUAACCCUAUCAAGCAUUGGAUUAAGUGGUGUGUUAUCUGGAGACAUUGGACAAUUAUCCGAAUUGCAAACACUGGAUCUGUCUUACAAUAAGGAUCUCACAGGAUCUCUUACUCCAGAUAUCGGGAAUUUAAAAAAGUUAUCAAAUUUAAUCCUGGUUGGUUGCGGUUUCAAUGGUCCACUUCCAGAAACACUUGGAUCUUUAACCCAACUAGGCUACUUGGCUUUGAAUUCAAAUGGAUUCACUGGAUCAAUUCCACCAUCAAUAGGGAAUCUUUCUAAACUUUAUUGGUUGGAUUUAGCUGAUAACAAGCUUAGUGGGCCCAUACCAGUGUCUAAAGGACCCACACCUGGCCUUGACCAAUUGGUCAACAUAAAACACUUUCACUUUGGAAAGAACAAACUCUCAGGUGAAAUACCACCUCGCCUCUUCAGCUCCAAAAUGUCUCUUAAACACGUGUUAUUUGAAGAAAAUCAGUUAACAGGAACAGUUCCAUUGACACUAGGGCUUGUUCAGAAUCUUGAGGUCUUACGAUUAGACAGGAAUUUGUUAAGUGGUGAAGUCCCUUCAAACAUCAACAAUCUUACAUCACUCAACCAGUUGUAUCUUUCCAACAACAACUUUGAAGGCCCAUUGCCCAAUCUCACUGGAAUGAAAAUCCUUAACUAUUUGGAUAUGAGCAAUAAUUCUUUUCAACCAUCAGAGAUUCCUCCAUGGCUUUCAUCAUUGCAAUCUCUAACAACAUUGAUGAUGCAAGAUACAGGGCUUAUAGGAGAAGUACCUGUUGACUUAUUUAGCAUUCCACAAAUCGAGACUGUGGCACUAAGAAACAAUCAGCUCAAUGGAACCCUAGAUUUUGGAGCUUCUUAUAGCAACCAUUUACAUUUCAUUGACAUGACAAAUAACUUAAUUUCUGGAUACACAGAAAGAAGCCGAUACUCUGCUGAUCUCAUACUCAUCAACAAUCCAAUUUGUAGGGAAUCAGACACAACAGCAUCAUAUUGUGAUUCUCCCAUAGAUUCCAACUCCUCAUAUUCAACACCAAAAAACAAUUGUAAUCCUGAAACUACUUGCACUUCAGAUCAAGUUUCAAGUCCAAAUUGUAAAUGUUCAUAUCCAUACACAGGAACUUUGACUUUUAGGGCUCCUUCUUUCUCCAACCUUGGAAACUCAACUAUCUAUACAUCCCUUCAGAGUUCCAUGAUGGUUUCUUUUCAAUCCAACCACCUCCCGGUUGACUCACUUUCACUGAGUCAACCCACCAAGAACUCAGACAAGUACCUUGAAAUAAACCUAGCCGUUUUCCCAUCUGGUGGUGAACGAUUCAAUAGGUCAGGGAUUUCUCAAAUAGGGUUUAUACUCAGCAACCAAACUUAUAAACCUCCACACUCUUUUGGGCCCUAUUUUUUUCUAGGCCAUAAUUAUGACUUCUUUUCAGAUGCACCAAAAAGGAAAGGAAAAUCAAUUGGAAUUGGAGUUGCUAUUGGAGUAGUAGUGGGAGGUUGUGUCCUAGUGAUAUUACUUAUAAUUGCUGGAAUUUAUGCUUUUCGUGAGAAAGGAAGAGCCGAAAGAGCUACCAAGAAGAACUCUCCUUUUGCUUCGUGGGACCCAGAUAAAGGUGGAGGUGAUUGUCCUCAGCUAAAAGGGGCAAGAUCUUUCACAUAUGAAGAGCUUAAAACUUGCACAAAUAAUUUUGCAAUCACUGCCAACAUAGGCUCUGGUGGCUAUGGGAUGGUUUACAGAGGGACACUUCGAAAUGGGCAAUUGGUUGCUGUUAAAAGAGCUCAACUAAGGUCAACACAAGGUGGACUUGAGUUCAAAACUGAGAUUGAGCUUCUUUCAAGGGUUCAUCACAAGAAUGUUGUUGGGCUUGUUGGUUUCUGUUUUGAUGAAGGUGAACAGAUGCUUGUAUAUGAGUUUAUUGUCAAUGGUACACUCAAGGAUAGCCUUUCAGGGAGAUCCGGGAUAAGAUUGGAUUGGAUGAGAAGACUGAAAAUAAUCCUUGGAGCUGCAAGAGGUUUGCAGUAUCUUCAUGAUCUUGCUGAUCCUCCAAUCAUACACAGAGAUGUGAAGACAACAAAUAUCCUACUUGAUGAACGCCUCAAUGCAAAAGUUGCUGAUUUUGGUCUUUCAAAACCAUUAGGUGAUGCUGAUCGUACACAUGUCACCACUCAAGUCAAAGGGACAAUGGGCUACAUGGAUCCCGAAUACUACAUGACACAACAAUUAACCGAAAAAAGCGAUGUUUACAGCUUCGGAAUCGUGAUGUUAGAGCUAAUAACCGCAAGAAAUCCAAUCGAAAAAGGUAAGUAUAUUGUGAGAGAAGUAAAAGAAGUCAUGGACAGGGGAAAAGACCUUUAUAACCUCCAUGAGGUACUUGACCCGAUCAUCGGUUUGACCCAUGAGCUACUAGGGUUGGAAAGAUUUGUGGAUAUCGCAUUGAGGUGUGUGGAAGAUACCGGAAAUCAAAGGCCAAGAAUGAGUGAAGUUGUGAAAGAGAUUGAGAGUAUUAUGGAACUCGCGGGUUUUAAUCCGAAUGCUGAGUCAGCAUCGGCUUCGGAGAGUUAUGAAGGGAAAAGUAAGGGGAGUGGGCAUCCUUAUUUGAAUGAAAGUCUUUUUUCGUAUAGUGGAGGUCUUUUGGAUUCAAAUUUGGAGGCUAAAUAAUGGUGUUAUGUUAUGUUAUGUUAUGUUAUGAAUUCGUUUUAUUGGUGUAGCGUGUUUGAUGGUGAUCGCGUGUAAAUUGUUUUUGAAAUCAUGAAUGUUUGUGAAAAAUCAUCUGUGAUUAGUGCAAGUAUUAGUUAUUUUUAAUGUUAUUUAUGUAUAGGUAUAUCAUAUAUAUGGGUUGCAUCGGAUUGAUGGUGAGAUAGAUGUAUAUGGGAAGCCACCAUUUGUUAUACAUGACAAAUCAUGUUUAUUGUGUUUGGUAUUCACUGAAUUAGACACGUGUUGAUGUCAAUCAGAUCAAAAUUGUAAAUUUUUUAUCCCACAAAAAAUGAUAUCGGACAGUG